AUGAGCGGCACCAUGGAUGUUGACGGGAACGGUAAUAUGCUCACUAGGAGGAUAGAGGAUUUAGAGCAACGUAUAUCACUGUUUGAAGAACUAUUUCAUGCAUUUAGUAGUAAGUUGGAUCAACAUUUCAAAAAAUAUGAUACUGUAAUCCAGUCUCAGCAACAACAGAUAAACGAUUUGAAUUCAACGAUAUCUAUUAUGUUAAAUGACCAGGUCCGGCACUCAGAAAUAUUGAGGGAGAAAUUGUCAACAACGUUGCACAGUAUUUCGGCCACAUCUAGCAUCCCCGAUAAUCAUUACUAUUCUACUACCGAUAUGCAGAACCCCCAAUCACACAUGCACCAUCAUCAACAGCAGCAGGAUGACGGUAAUGUUGUCGUGAAUGCAAUCUUUAACGAUAUACUAAGUGAUAAAACCGAUAUUGCAACGACAAAUAAUAGUGUCUUGGAUGAGUUGAAUUCUGAGAUUAAGAAAACUAGUUUCGCUGAACAAGCUGAUAAUGUACGGCAAAAUGAGACUUUUCAAAGCUCUAUCAUGAAUGGAUUAAACAAUGGAACUCAUGAGAUAAAUGCGAAACGUCCCUUGAAAAUAGAAACUAAUCAACACACUCCUGUGGCUAUGGAAAAUAAUAGUAGGAGCAACAGCACCGCUGAUAUUUAUUUAAAUGGGCCAACAUUCAGCAAUGCAAGAUUUCAAGAUCAAAACGCGGAGGAUAGUUUCGAAGCCAAGAGAAGGAAGUAUUCAAAUUAUCUUGCCAAUUUCCAGUUUCUGAAAAACCCGCAAACUGUCCUAGAGGUCUGGAAAGAAUAUACAGAAGGUAUCAACGACCAGCCAUCAAUUAAGGAAAUGGAAAACCUAUAUCAAACGUCCUGGAGACGUGAUAAUGCGACCAACAAAAGAUAUGGAAGGAGGAAACCUCUUUGGAAGGCCAUAGAACUGGGCCUCACGCGAGGGUAUGAGCUCGAUUACAUCAUAGAUUUGUUGGAAAGUUGCAGGUAUACCGACGACGCAAAACGAAGCAAACAUCCAAUCGGAUGGCUCUGUCAAUCAAAUAACAUUCCUGCCUUACUGAAAUAA